UUUUCAAAUCGCAGCUGAUUGAUGAAACAUAACCUUAAAAUUUUGUGCUGCGCGCGUUUGCGUUGGCAGAGUGACAUUUGCUGUGGAAAUAUUUCGACAUAAUUCAGGAACCAACGUGCCAAAAAAAAAAAUAAAAGGAAUUUUUCUUGACAAGAGAAAAAUUGCAUAAUUAAUUGCAUUUGAAUAAAAAAGACAAUAAAAUGGCAAAGCAAGGAGAGGGUAUUAUAACGAGAGAAGAUUUUGACGCUGGACCAUCGAGUUAUAAUGAGAUUGAGCCAAAUCUUUAUUUGGGAAAUUUAACAGCAGCAACCGAUUCAGAAUGGUUGAAACGAGAGCAAAUAACUCAUAUUUUAACUGUCGAUUCGUGUCCAUUGCCAAGGAAAAUACAAACCCUACCCGACAUCACAAUGAAAUACAUUCAAGUCACAGAUAUGCCACGUGAGGACUUAUUGACCUACUUUGAGGACACCUAUCAAUUUAUUCUCUAUUCAUUGGAACGUGGUGGUAAAGUUCUUGUACAUUGUUAUUUUGGAGUUUCACGUUCGGCAACAUUAGUUAUUGCUUAUAUGAUGAAAAAGUAUAAUAUGAGUUUUACAAAUGCCUAUGAGGCUGUUAAAAAAAAGAGACGAUUCGUUGGACCAAAUCCAGGAUUUUUGGCACAAUUAAAACUCUAUGAACACAUGGACUUUAGUAUUGACAAUACAAAUAUUCAAUUUAAAUUAUAUCGUUUACAAAUUGCCGCCGAUAAAGUGAGAAAAGCAAAAAUUCUUCCACAAAAUUAUAUGGAUUUAGUGAAAGCUGAUCCUGCAUUGACAACAGUUCGACCAGAGCCAACAGUUUAUCGUUGUAAAAAAUGUCGUCGAAUUGUUGCUAAUGCAAGUAAUAUUCUACCUCAUUCGACAAAAGAGAAGCAAAUUUGGCGUCACGUCAGUAAAAAGGGACAAGAUAAAACGUCAAAACAAAUUAAAAAUUUACAAUUACCAGAGGCUAAACAACAACAGGAGCAAGAGGAGAAAAAAACAAUUGAGAUGUGUAAUAAAACUUAUUUUAUUGAACCACUCGCUUGGAUGCCGGACAUCACUCACAAUGUCGAAGGUAAACUUAAUUGUCCAAAAUGUAAUUCAAAAUUAGGUUCAUUUAGUUGGAUAUCAGGUUGUCAAUGUCCCUGUGGUAGUAAAAUUGCCCCGGCCUUUUAUCUUGUACCCUCUAAAGUCGAUUGGAGUAAUGCUGUACAAAAUGUCGAGUCGACAGUCUAAAGUUCUUUGAAAACGAAAUUUUGAUUCGAUUCCAAAAUUCCAUAUUUGAAAAUUUUAAUUCUGUUAUUUAAAGAAAAAAACCAAAUGGAAUUAGAAUCGAAAUUUUUACUAAAAAAUCCAAAAUUGGAUUUUCAUUCCUUUUGCUCAAUUUUUUUUUUGAUAAUUUUAAAUUUUCCGUAUUGAAUGAGCAUUAUUAUAUAAUAUUUAAUGUUAAGAUUCAUCAUUUGUGAUAUUAGAUUCAAUAUAGUUCUAUUUAUAGAAGUGAAUAGAAUUUCCGAGUUAGUCGAUUGUUUCAAUUUGAAACUAGUAGAAAUUUUGAAUUUUUAAAAUAAAUAUAGAAAAUGG